AUGUUUAUUGCAAUACUGAAAUUGUUUAAUAGAAUAUUUUCCAAGGAACGUAAUAAUACGUAUAUAUUAUCAGUACUUUUUAAAAAAAUGUCUGGAUCUUUAUAUUGUAAAAUCAGUAAUAUUAAUUCAUAUAAUUUGUUAAAUGAUGGGAAACAAAUUCGAUAUAAAUCAUACAAACAUUUUUUGGAUUAUUCAAGAAUACCUAAGCUUGAAGAAAAUGAUUUACAAGAGCAAUUUGUGAAAGGAUCUGGACCUGGUGGCCAAGCAACUAACAAGACAUCUAAUGCAAUAGUUUUAAAACACAAACCUACGGGAUUAGUUGUAAAAUGUCAUGAAACUAGAAGUUUAAAUCAAAAUAGAAAAAUUGCUAGGAAAAUACUGUUAACAAGGUUAGAUAAUUUAGUUAAUGGUCAAAAUUCUCUUCAAAAUCAAAAGGAACAAUUAAUGAAAAGAGAUUCUAUUAAGAAAAAACAAAAGAAAAAAAAACUUCAAGAUUUAAAAAAUGCAUUCGUAGAACGCGAAAAUUUAAAAUAAUCAUAAAUAUAACAUAAUAAAUUAUUUAAAAAAAUUUUUAGUUUAAAUAUUUAUAAUAUGUUGUCUAAUAAAAGUUAAGUUAAAUGUUAUAUACUAUAACAUUAAAUUUAUAUAUUAUUUCAUAAUUAAAUAUAAAACAAGAAAGGUUAGGAGCAUGUAGAAUCCAUCCGUUAUAAUUUUUAAUGGAAAAUUCAUAUCUUUAAUAGUCAUCUCUUUUUUGAAAUCGCAAAAGGCUUGCAUUAUUUUUUUUUUUUGUUUGAAAUAAAAUAUUUAGGUGGACCCUCGCAAGGGAAUUCAAUAUAUAUGUAUAUAUAUUGAAUAUAUAUAUUACAUUCAAUGAUGUGUUUUAUAACAGAAAAUUAUUGUUACACUACAAUAAAGCUUGUAUACAGCAUUGCAUAUUCUAAAGCCUGCUUUUACGAAUAAAAAUAAUUUUUUUCACAUGUGUAUAUUUUUGUACGUAUAUCAAGAUAAGUAAAAUAAAAGAAAGUACUUUGUUUAAACAUA